AUGCGCGUGGUGGUGAUCGGCGCGGGGGUCAUUGGGCUGUCCACUGCCCUCUGCAUCCACGAGUGCUAUCAUUCGGUCUUGCAGCCGCUGGAUGUGAAGGUCUAUGCAGACCGCUUCACCCCGCUUACCACCACCGAUGUGGCUGCUGGUCUCUGGCAGCCCUAUCUCUCUGACUCCAGCAACCCACAAGAAGUGCACUGGAACCAGCAGACUUUUGACUACCUCCUGAACCACGUCCAUUCCCCCAGCGCUGAGACGAUGGGCUUGGCCCUCAUCUCGGGUUACAAUCUCUUCCGCAAUGCUGUCCCGGACCCUUUCUGGAAGGACACAGUUCUGGGAUUUCGGAAGCUGACUCCCAGAGAGCUGGACAUGUUCCCUGAUUAUAGCUACGGCUGGUUCAACACAAGCCUGGUCCUGCAGGGGAAGAGCUACCUGCAGUGGCUGACUAAAAGGUUAACAGAGAGAGGCGUGAAACUCUUCCAGCGCCAGGUGGAGUCUUUUGAGGAGGUGGCAAGAGGAGGUGCUGAUGUGAUUGUCAACUGUACCGGGGUAUGGGCAGGAGCGCUGCAACCAGACCCUUUGCUGCAGCCUGGCCGGGGGCAGAUCAUUAAGGUGGAGGCCCCUUGGAUGAAGCACUUCAUUAUCACCCAUGAUUCAGAAAGAGGCAUCUAUAAAUCCCCAUACAUCAUCCCUGGGCUCCAGGAAGUGACUCUUGGAGGCAUCUUCCAGAUGGGAAACUGGAGUGAAGCCAACAAUAUUGAUGACCAUAACACCAUUUGGAAAGGUUGUUGCAGGCUGGAGCCCACACUGGAGAAUGCAAGGAUUGUAGGUGAAUGGACUGGCUUCCGACCAGUACGGCCCCAGAUCCGCCUUGAAAGAGAACGGCUCCGAGUGGGACUGUCAGACAUAGAGAUCAUCCACAACUAUGGCCAUGGUGGCUAUGGACUUACCAUCCACUGGGGUUGCGCCCUGGAGGCAGCCAAGCUCUUUGGGGAGGUUCUGGAAGAAAAGAAGCUGUGUAGGAUGCCACCAUCCCACCUGUAA